AUGAAUGCGCGAUGCAGCACUGCCCUUGAUGAAAAGUAUCAAGAUCGAUGCCAAAACCCCGGCCUGGCUGCGUACACCUGGAAUACGAAGACUGAUGCUGAAGACCAUAACACUGCCCCGAGGUACAACAAAGAUGACGCCGUGUCCAAUAUGCAUUUCUGCGACCAGUUCUUCGAAUACAAGGCAUUGGAUACAGUCGUAAACAAAGAGAAGGAUAAAGACGACUUCAAAUGGAGAUACAAUGUUGACAAAUACAGAAACCAAGGUAAACGCACCGUGCUGAUACCCUUGCCUAGUCACCGAACUAAUCUUACACAUCUAGGAUAUAUCAUGCUGCACGAAUUUAUGCAUGCCAGCGUUAUGACCUACAAGCAGAACAAAAAUCGCUGGAUAGCAGAUUACCGCAUGCAGAUGUAUGAGUACGAAAAACAGACGGGUUCCCCACCCCGCUAUAAGAGGAAAAUAGUCGUGCACGAUAUCUAUAAGCCGUACUACUGCAAAAUCCUUGCCCGAAGUGCCAGAGAACAUAUUGUCCAAGACGCCAUCACCUUAAACGCAAAAUACGUCCAGUCAAAGCUGGCCGAUAAGCAGUACCCAUGGUUGCCUCUCGCCGAUACGGAAGCAUUGACCUGGUGGGAAAAAAGCAGCGCCGCCCUGUUUUAUGACACCGACGGAACGUACGGAAUCAACCUCGAUGCUCUCCCUACUGAUCUUACCACCAGCGAUGAUGGAGACUACUCGGCCCACGAUCUAGGGGAUGACGAAAUCAUCAUCUCCUCAGACCAGCCUGAUACAGACGUAAUUACAUCCCAGUCUGAUUAUACAGAUUCAUUCAAUAGCCAACUCGCGCUAUGGAGCUCCUUCGUUCAUACCCCGGAUCCCGAUUGCGCCAAAUCGGGAGACUCCGCCCCAGACGGUCGGUCGUCCUUCUCUGUGGAUGACGCCGAUGCCAGUAUCAAGGAUUUCUGCAGUGACACGAACCUGUACAACGUGGUUUUCACUCCACCUAUUAGCCAGGGCACCGGGCAGACUAAGGAUGGUAACACCAAGGCUCUCGGCGCGAGUGGGAGCUACGAAAUAAAUGGCGGUAAAGACAAGCUGUGGGUCGGUGCCUACUUUGCCAGUGGGAGUUGCACGGGAAUGUAUACCUGGCCACCAACUGGCGAGGGCCUCCGCGAUACCGACCUCUGCCUGGAUAGGUUUAGGGCCAUCAUGAAUGGGUGCGAUGAAUCUACAACAAAGGCAAAGUACGGAGGAAGUCUGGAUGAGACCUGUCUGGUCUACCAGGUCAUGGCCGUGGGCAGUGAUGAGUCUAAUCCCACAGGCACCAUCCCCAGCGGGAACCAUGGCGACAUCAAAUGCGAAGACACGGACGGCUUGGUUGGAGGGAAGGAAACCUGCACCUGCUGGUACGAGAACCUUCCAGAUCAAAGGGAAGUCUUUGGUCUCCCCAAGACUGGGGGUUGUGAAGAUAUUGACUUCAGGCCGGCAUGGACCUAUUCCGAAGACCCUGACUAUCGGCCUGAGAAUAUUGUGCCGUCUUAG